GUUGCGCGUGUGUCUCCUCCGCCAGCCAUACCUUUCCCUCUCUCUCCUAAUCUCUUUCGUACACAUACUCUACCCCUCACUCUCACUGCAUGCCCCUUCCUAAUCUUUCAGCGAUCACCCCAAUUCCGAUCUUCAUCUCUAACCCAUUUCUCCUUCCUCGAUAGAUCGCUUCCUUCUUCCCUUUCAGCUUCAUUGUGUGUGCGUGUUGGAUCAUCAAGAGCUUCACUCAAUAGCAAAUUUCCACUUCGCCUUGUACAUUUUCUUGAUCUGGGUUCUGCUCAGAUCUUCGAAGUAACUCCUACAGAUGGUCGAUUUGAGCGGAAAAGGAUCGGAGGCAGAGGACACCAAUAACAGAAACCCUAACGGUGAUUCCUCGGAAGAAAGCCCAAUGAGCAACGAGCAGAAGAAAACCUGCGCCGACUGCGGCACGACAAAAACCCCUCUCUGGAGAGGCGGUCCGGCGGGGCCCAAGUCUCUCUGCAACGCAUGUGGGAUCAGAAGCAGGAAGAAGAAGAGGGCUAUUCUAGGCACGAACAAGGGAAGCACAGAAGAGAAAAAGGGCAAAAGAAGCAGCAACAAUGCUAAGAUUGGGGAUAGUUUAAAGCAGAGAUUAAUGGCUCUGGGAAGGGAGGUUUUGACGCAGAGAUCAACGGUGGAGAGGCAGAGGAAGAAGCUGGGAGAGGAAGAACAAGCGGCUGUGUUGUUGAUGGCUCUCUCAUAUGGCUCAGUCUAUGCUUAAUGAUCACAAAUCAGAGUUCUGCUUUUAGAGUAAAAGUAGAGAGAGAGGGAGAUGUUUUAUAAUACACCCUUGCAUUUCAGAAACUGUGUGAUCAAAAUCGUGGGGUGAAAUUUUCUGUGAUUAGUUUUGUAUUAGCUUAGUUUGCUGACUGAUGUAUUGGUAUCAUGAAUCUUAUCAAGAAUUGUAAGAAAAUGAUUGAAUCCCAAUUUUGGUAAUAUAAUCCCUUAUUUGUUCUCAA